ACCACCGAUUCAUUCAUUUGAUUCGAAUAAAUUUUGCACUCCCACCGCACCACCUCCCCUUAUUUUCUCUUCCCUCUCUCCUAUUAUUUUUCUUCUUCUUCUUCUUCUUCUUCUUCUUCUUCGUCGGUUACCGCUCCAAAACCCUUCCAUCCCUCUCUCCCCUCUCCUCCAUAUAUUUCUUCAUCCUAUUCCUCUUCCUCCUUCAUCAUUCUCUCUCCUUUUCUUUUUCUGCAUAUGCCAUCUUCAAGGUAUUCCAUCUUUCUUUUCUUUUUUCUUUAUAUCUCUACUGCUCCCAAUUGUGUGGAUGACUCUGUUUGGAUUGUUGUAUGCCAGGAUCUGGAGAUGAUAUUUCCUCUCAUCUGAUACUCUGCCCAAUUCACUUCCUUCUUCAGGCUGUGAACCCUCAUUACUGUGGGUAUUUUAAAUUUCACAUUAUUUGAAGUCCACCAGUUCUCUGGAGAAAAUGUUGGGUGGCAACAAUGGCAAUGGCUUGCUUCCCGUUUUCCAGGAUGAAAAUCGAAAUCAAUAUCAAACUAAUGCUUCUGGCCAGCUGCAGUUGUUUGGGAGUGUGCCUGUUAGCUGUGGAAUUGAGCCUGUUAAUUAUUUUGGAAGUGAGCAAUUGGCUCAUAUGCUUCGCCCUAACAAAAGAAGUAGGGAGAUAGAAGAUUUCUCAUGGCAGCAGAAGCUUCAGAUUUCCUUAAAUUAUAAUGCCUGUCAAGAUGAUGCUGAUCGUUCAGCAAGCAUUAGAAACCCAAAUGCUGUAUCAACAGGCUUGAGGCUAUCGUAUGAUGAUGAUGAACACAACUCCUCUGUUACCACUGCAAGUGGAAGUAUGGCAACUGCACCUUCCAUCAUCUUUUCGCUUGGUGAUAAUAUCAGGACUGAGAUUGAUAGACAGAAGGAAGAAUUCGAUCAAUAUAUUAAAAUUCAGGAGGAACAUUUGGCCAAGGGUAUUAGGGACAUGAAGCAAAGACAUGUGGCUUCCUUUCUUAGUGCGAUUGAGAAAGGAAUUGGAAAGAAACUACAUGAGAAGGAUGUAGAAAUUGAGAGCAUGAACCGUAAAAAUAGAGAACUGGUGGAGAGAAUAAAGCAGGUUGCCACUGAAGCCCAAAAUUGGCAUUGCAGAGCAAAAUACAAUGAAUCAGUGGUGAAUGUCCUGAAAAACAAUCUUCAGCAUGCUAUCUCGCAGGGUGCCGACCAAGCGAAGGAAGGGUUUGGAGAUAGUGAAGUGGAUGAUGCUGCCUCACACAUCGAUCCAAACAAUUACCUUAAUGUUCAUGGUGGGACUAUGAAAUCUUCGACCAGCAAUUUACCAGGUUUCAAGGAGCACAUGAUUUGCAAAGCAUGCAAGGCUAAAGAGGUUUCCAUCCUACUAAUGCCUUGCAGACAUUUAUGUUUGUGUAGAGAUUGCGAUGGGCUUGUAAAUGUCUGUCCUGUCUGUCAGUUGAUCAAAACGGCUGGUAUCCAAGUGUACUUGUCCUAAAUUAAAAUCUUACCAAAGCGCCAAAGAAAAUCUUGUUUUCCUUCCGUCUGUAUGAUAUAUACCUGCACUUUUUCUCAAAAUCACUCAAGUGAACGCUGGUGUUACUCGUUGGAAAAUUGAGUUUGAAUGGUUGAAAA